AUGAAAAACCAUUAUGGUUCAUUUAUCUAUUAUCGUAACCAGAGCUGCUGCAAACACUCUGAACGUAGCAUUGCUAACUGGUACUUCCAUCUGUCACGAGGUGGGGUUUUUUCCCCACAUUUUUAAGGUUUAUCUGUGACACUUCAUUAAAGAGGCAAUGGUUGUGAAGUUUUAAUGAGAGAGGUGGGUGUAGUCCUUGGACAGGUUGGACCGUAUAGGUGUUUGAGGAACAGACACUGGGCAGAGGAGCAGGUGUGGAUACCUGGAAAGAGGUGUGGAUGGAGAGUACAGCCAUGAGGAAAUGAACAAUUUUUAAAUGCUAGAAUAUUCAUGUGUGAUUCCCAGGUCAAUAUCAAAAAUACCUUGUGUUGGUUGUGGAUAUGUGUGAUGUGUAGCUUUGUGUUAGUCGUUUACUGAAUAGAGGUGUACUGUUCUGGCAAAACAGCCUCAUUAGGUGUUUGGUGAAAGUUUAGUCUCUCCAUGACAAUUUCAAUGUGCUACGAGUAGUGCUGCAACGAUUAAUUGUUAACUCAAGUGAUUCAAUCUGGAAAAAAGCGUUGAUCAAAUUUUGCUGCUUCGAGGAUUCGUUUAAUGAGACUAGAGUGACUUUGUAUAAGUGUUGCAUUCAGUUUUGUUGAUUUGGGUGGAUGUACUGCCCUCUAGUGGCAGCAAUGAAUAUGCCAUAACUCAUCGAAGAUGCUUGAAUCCAGCUGCUUCUUGUUCAGACCAACAUAAGUUAUGUUGUUGUUUGAGCUAAAAUGUUUGUUUACUAAGGGUGUAAUGGUACAUGUACUUGUAUUGAACCGUUUCGGUACGUGGUGCUCGGUUCGGCGUACCGAAUGAGUUUCUGACGUAAUGUAACCCUUACUUUUCGAGGCUGUGAGUUGAUCGGGUUACAGUUUCUUUGUGUAGAUUAUAUCUACUCUGUCUUCUCUACUAUAAUGAGGACCAACACGGUACGACAGUAUUACCCAGAAACGUCAACGGCGCGACAACGUGGCCGCCGCGAGAACGCAGUGAAACGCGGGCGUUAAAGUCAAUCAGUUAAUGCACACCAGUCGCAGUGCGGCCGCGUGUUACACGCGUCCCAGAAGUGGCUCAACACGACGCACGCGAAAAGAACGGCAGAGUUUAUUAUUUGACGUGAGACGCGACCCUCCUGCGUCAACACUACUACUGUGGUAGCUAGGAUCAGGCAGACCGGAAGUCACUUGUGUAAAAAUACGGUGGAUCCGGUCGAUUUUCAAACUAAUAUGUAAUCGUAACCUACUUUUUGAGUCCAUCAGAUCUCUUGAGUGGUAGAUCGGGGCACAGUUGUCUUUGUUGAUUUACUGCUGUCUUCUCUGCUAUAAUAAUAACCAACACGGCCCCGUGUUCAAUACAAAACUCUCCUACCACAACAAAACAAGUAGGAACUAAUAUUCACAUAGGAACAAAAGUUAUACAACAUAAAAUAUAGGAUAUAAAAUUAAUACUCCAUCACAUUUGUAAAAUAUAAACACAUACUAAAAUAAAUAAUAGCCCAUUUAAAUAAAAUAAAUUGAAAUGAGCUAAAACACCUGUAAUUAAACAAUAAUAAUAAUACACAGAUCCUGCUUACACAAUUAAAUUUAUUAAUUUCUGUGUGGUGCUUGAACUUGAGAAAAUCCACCAAUAAAGCUUUUGAAAACUGUUCAUAAAAAAAAAAAAAUGAUUCAUUGAGGCAUUUCAUUUGUAAAAUACCUGUUAAAAUCUUUGUCAUUGGGAUUGCUUUUCUCUUUAGCACAGGACUUUUUUUCGUCUUUCUUUCAGACAAAAAAAGCUGACCAAUAUGCGGGGUCUGAAAGGCAAAUUGUUGUUGGAUUAUUUUUAAAUACCCGCUACUUUUUGAGCAGAAUUCUAGCUUUGCAUAGUCUAAUGUUCCUAUUGUUAAAAACACAAAGGUGUGUAAUAAACAAGUAGCACAUUUAUAUUUUGAAUUUUGUUUUUUUACUGUACCGAAAAUGAACCGAACCGUGACCUCAAAACCGAGGUACGUACCGAACUGAGAUUUUUGUGUACCGUUACACCCCUAUUGUUUACGCAAUCAUUAUUUAGUUUAGAAGUAUAUUUUGGCAGAUUUUUAUGGGAAUAUGCGUUUGAGCGAUUUGUUAAGAGCAUUGUUUAAACAAAACAAAACAAAAAAAAAAACCCUUAUGUAGCAUUUAAGCUAAUGGGCCUUUGAUACUCAAGUUAGCGAUUCUUUUGUUAUACUCAGAUAUUUUAUUUAUUUAUUAUCAUUUUAUAUCGUUUGAGGCUCAACGCAGGUAUUUUAUUUUUAAAUGUAUUUAUGGACAAUUUUCCUGACGAAACAUGGGCGGCGCCAUCUUGGAAAAUUUCUGCUCCGAACUUCAGGAUUAGAAAGAACAACAUGAAUUGUGGUUGAAGUAAGCUGUGUGUUGACAAACUUUAAACUGCAAAAUCAAAGCAGAGAAACCCAAAUAAUCUCGAAAAAUAGAUUCAGCAUGACUUAUAUGACACUCCGAGACUUUCUGUGCUGUGCGUGAUCUCUUGAAAGCGCCUAUAUAUAGACCCUACCCACGUGACGUCACAACUCCGCUCUCCUGAAUGGGACCGCCCAAUUGUCCGUCAAAACAUAGUGUUAACCUGUUACGGCUACGUACAUUCCUCCUAUUUACGGCGUGUUUUUCUGCUCCUUAACAUUAAUAAUCAAAAUGGUGAAGGCGUGUGUGGCUGUUGGUUGCACUAACAGAGAAGAUGGAAGGAGAGACUUGAAGUUUUACCGUAUUCCGAGGGAUCCAAAGAGGAGAGCGAAAUGGACGGCUGCAAUUCGACGUGAAAACUGGACACCAAAAAAUCACCACAGACUAUGUAGUAGUCAUUUUAUAUCCGGUAAGAUGCAUUUGAUAUAUAUUUAGAGGGUUUUGGCCUGACAACCACAAUUAAGAUCAUUGCUAGGCUAAUCGCCGACAACAUACGAUGUAGUACGACAUAGUUUCAAAUUCAAGAUGUUUGUGACUUCCCUUUCUUCCACCAUCGUUAUUUUUUGAAUAAUAUUUAGCUGGUACCAAGUGAAAGAAACUGGCCUCGUCUACGGGGCUGACAAAUAACCACAAUUCAGAUCAUUGCUAGGCUAAUCGCCGACAACAUACACGUAUGUAUGUAGUGAGAGUGCUAUCGCUAAACCAUAUAAACAUUAAAAGCCUUGACUCCAUUGACAAACGACAUGAAAUACAUUAGACUUGACAGUGGAUGUUAGCAAUAACAAAAGAUUUUGAAUUGAAAAUUUCGUAACUCACCUUUCCAAGCACAAGAUAGAUUCCUGCCGAAUUUUCGUGGACGAGGACCUGUUUCACCCAACCAGCAACGAAGUAUUUAUAAGCCUCCAAGCUCUUGAAGUUUUUCAAAUUUUCGUGAGAAUAGGCUGAUUUUGUGUGGACAAGAUAAUUGUAAAUAUCAGCGUAGCAGAUGUCAGGCAGACAGGGCGAAGACAGUGGGUCGAAAAACAUCGAUUUGGGCAUCAAAUAUGGAUCUGGCGACUGUAUAGAACGAAGCUUUUCCACAUAACGACUUUUAUGCAACACAUCCAGUGAGUUUACGGCAUCAGAAAGCACCGGGUCUUCCAUGAAAUGCAUUUUAAAUUCCUCGAUCAAUUGAAACCAAUGCUAAUACAGAGACAAAAUGACGGACAAGUGGGCGGAACCAUACACCGAGCACGUGGUUUUGUGACGUCAAUGGGUAGGGUCUAUAUGGUUGGAAGUGGAAUGUUUUCAUCAACGACCAGCUAGUAGCUACAAUGCGCCAGUGUGGAUGUACCUUGCCAUACGCUUUAAAUCAAAACUAGUUGCAGACAAGAAAUUAAGGGUAUGAUUUAAACCUUAGGCUAGUCCUAAAAGACUGUUUGAUUGCUCUUAUCACUUCGUUGAUCAUUCGUAGACAAAAUUAUAACAACCUGUCAGCCUGUGUUGACGUGAGGUGUAGAUUGAUACGCGGGCCACUUGAGUGACCAAAAUGAGGUGAUAUUACAAAUUAAUUACAUUUACGGAAUGCAGAUGGGCUGACAUGAAUUUUGUUGUUACAAGGAAAUACUACAAGGUAUGUACAUAAAAACAAAAUACUAUAUCAUUCUUUUUUUAAUUGCAGAUAUUGAUCGUAAUAAAUCAUUUGGACAACAUAAUUUCAUUUCUUGUUGUAUUUAAAACGAUUGGUGCAUGUGCUAAACAGGUCAAGAAAUUAAAAUUUAUAAAAUUAUUACAAAAAUAGCAUACAAGAAUGUGAUAUCAGAAAGCAGAGCUCUGGAGCGGCUUGAGAGCCUUGCCAAACUUUCACACGACAUUACGCAGACCGUUGGCGCCCUACAGACGGGCUUUCUUCCGCUGUCCUUGGUAAUUCCAGUUCCAAUAGCGUAUAUUAAAGGGUAUGACAACACCUGGGGAAAUGCUAAUAUUCCAUCAUUUAUCCAUAAACGCAUGCCUUUUGGAUUCAUAUCAUACCACUUCGUGUAAUUACACACAUCGCAACACCAAGAAAAUGAUAGAAAUUUGGAUCGAUUGUCAAGCUAAAAGGACCCGCCUCCGAGAUCCUGGAAAUCUAGCAUAUUGUGUGCGUGACGUCACGACAAGGGAACAACCGGCUCAGUGCUUAGUACUGAAUGGCGGCGAUGAUGGCCGACAAUUUUGUUUCUAGUUGCAGCGACGAAUCCGACGUAGCAAACAUUCUUCUAAUGGUGACGAGGAGAGUUAUGAACCUUUCUUUGGUGUUUUGGGUUAUCAAUUUGAGCCCAAACGAAAGCCAUUGCAGCCUAAUGAAAGGAUCAUUGAGGGGAGCAAUCACACUGAUGAAACACCGGUCGGCAGCAGAUCGUGUGGGAAACACCGAAUGGUUUGUUUUGCAUUUCUUUUUGUGAAGCUGAUACACCGUGACCGCAAAAUAAUUUAAUGUAUAGAAUAAUUAUCAUUUAUUGUGCUAUCAUAGGUUUUCGCUCUGCCAACAGACACAAAUAUGAAUGGGAUGAGAGGAUUUGUUCUAUAUAUUUUACGAGCGAUAAUUCAUACAUGUGUCCAGUCCUAUAUCCAAUGCGUGAUAUGUUUUUAUUAUAAAAGAGUACUCACUCUGGCCAUUUCGAGCUUGGCUGCUCCGCUCCUUUGGUUAGCCUGGGGUGCUCUCAUCAGAACCAGUCAUCGUCCGCUUUCUUGAUAUCUUGGGACAUUUAGGUGACUGCGCGUGUAUGGUGGGCACCGCAUCUGCUUUCAUCAGCAAUUUCUUAGCAAAACCUGAUUUCAUUUGUCCAUAGUUCGAAUAGCUUUCAGGUGUAAAAUGCGCACCACACAAAACCGUGCCGGAGGCCGGGUCUGCAAAAUUAGCCCUCUUAGCACGGACGAACUUUACUCAUUGUCUGCGUAGUCCAGCUCUUUUUCUCGCGUUUGGGAACUCAUGGGUACUACAUUGCGACAAAUGGCAAUUUGUAGACCACAUAGCAUGACAGGUUUGAACCAUUUUAGGGAUUUUUUGAUAAAACAUGAACGCAACUCUCUCGUCGAUAAACAACGAUAGCACAUGCCUCGACCUUUCGUUCUCUUGUUAUGACGUCUCCACCCCAUUCGGCUGUUUCCGGAAUACUUUCGGAAAUGUUCGUAAUUUUCCAUCUAUUUUCUUUAAUUGCUCAUGAAUGUGAUUUAUUUUUUCGUUCACUUUAUUAAUAUUUGUUAUCUUGCCACAUAACGGUUCUAUUGAUAUCUCACAGCCUCUUAGUGUUUUAAUACCCUUUAAAGUUGCUGCAGUUAAAAAGCUUGUAGUUGGAUCUUGGGAUGGAGCUGACGUCCGCUGAGAGGCGACCCACCGUCUGUCCCAGCCUCUCGGCCGCCCCCGGGUAGAACACACGUAAUCUGAAUAUAUGUCCAUCAAUGUACAGUUUCCAAAAGAGAAACAGAUAAGGAAGCAAUGGGAAGUUGCCCUGAGGAGACAAAACUUUGUCGCCAGUGACCACUCGGUGGUCUGCAGUGCUCAUUUCAAACCGGAGGACUUUGACAGGACUGGCCAAACUGUACGACUUAGAAUUGGAGCAACUCCGUCCGUUUUCAGUCUCCCUUGUGAGCUCCCAAAACCAGAAUCAAAAAGAAGCAAGCAGUUGCAAGAGCCAAUCGACCUGUCACUUCCUGUCCAUCCACUGAACACCGAUGUUGCAAGUAAUGAGGUUGUAAAUAUCAAGAAUGGUGAUCACAGGAUUAAUCAUGAGACAAAUAAUGAUCACACAUACCACACAACUGAUCACUCUUACACAUUGCCUUCUGCUGCUAUUCUGAGACGGCGACUAGAUGAAGCCCUCGACAGGAUCGAUAGUUUAGAGCGGGAGAGCAGGAACGCGAAGGUCAGGGAAAGCAGGUCCAAGGAAACCGUGCGCUGUCUUAUCGACGAGCUGAGGGAGAAAAAACUCAUCAAUGAAGAAUUAAAAGACCGACUUGAUCUUUACUCAGGGCUCAACUUGGACGUCCUCGCAAAAAAGAGCCAUGAGUACUCAAAGGACCAGCGAGAGUUUGCACUUACGCUCCACCUCCAUGGUCCAAAAGUCUACCACUACCUCCGGGAGACUUUGCAGCUUCCCCUCCCACACUCAAAGACUUUGCAAAAGUGGAUGCAACAACAACCUCAUGACAACGCCAUUCCAGAGGAUUUGCCACCAUGUGAAUCGAUAGUUAUCGGUGGUGUUGAACCAAGUGGGCCAUGCAGCGUUGUAGCACAGGACAAUACUAUGUUUCUGUCAGCCUGUGAAAUGUCACCAUCUGUCAUAGUUGAAGAACCAGAUGAGUUUCUGUACCUGCAUUCGUGAGCAACCUUGGCUGCUUUUCCAUCCAUUUUGAUGGAAUUUUUGCCUGGUCUACAUUGUUGGGUUGGUUGUUUGUUUCACAAGUCUGCUGACAGUUACUGUAUCGGCAUCUUGUGACCAGCCAUAUUACAGAUUUCUAUUUAGGAAGAAUAGUAGUCUCAUGAUGCCUUCUCAAGCCAAAGGCAAUGUCAAAGUCGUCGGAGAAGCCGGGUGGUUAUUUGUGUGACCUUACCUGUGGAUUCCACCACAUGUAGAGCCGCUCCGCUGCAGAAGGACAGGCGGAUCAAAACGCAAGCAUAAAGCGGCCGCAGGAUUUGAUCUGCUGAGGCAAGCGGAGAAGAAGCACUUGCGAUAUCAAUGAUAUUUCUGAUGAAACAUAUUCAGGAUACGAAACGUGUAGAAGAGCCUAAAGGACUUUGCUGUUACUCAGGCUCCCCCUUAGGAAAUAGGCACACAGAUUUGAUUUCUGCUGGGAAAGUUUAUCAAGGACAUAAAGUUUAUGGUAUUUACAUCCACUCGUAUUUUGUUGUCAUUAGUUUUGUCAAACUCUGAAGAUGAGACUGUACUACAUUUCCAAACUGCCAUUAGUUCAAAGCUCAAGUGGGGUAACACAUUAAAAUGAUGUGUAAAACAGUGCUAUUUAAUAAAUUUUAGUGCCGUAUAAGUAAUUUGCAAUUGUGAAAUUGUCACAAUUAGGGCUGCAGCUAUCGAAUAUUUUAGUAAUCGAGUAAUCGACUGAAAAUUCUAUCGAUUAAUCGAGUGAUCGGAUAAUUUUUUUUUCUUUAGGUAAAGAGCAAUUAUAGAUAUACAUGAGAAAAAAAGACAUUUAUUCCAAUAUUGAACCAUUUUCAGUCAAUCAAUGUCUUUAUUUUCGAUGUACAUUGUUGAAAACCGCUAACAAUUGCAUCUCAGAUGUGACUAGAAAAAAAUAUUCGCUGCUUUUUCGAUGUACAUUGUUGAAAACCGCUAACAA